AUGUUUUUGUGCACUGCGAUCUAUGGCACUAGUUUUAUUAGUCUUGUACUUGCAGCCACGAUUUCGGUUGAUAGCUCUCAAUCUGGGAACGAAGGUUCCAAAGGCAUCGACGGAAACACUGCUACUUUCUGGCAUACGCGUUAUACACCAACAGUUGCAGCUUUACCUCACUCGGCGAUAAUUGAUCUAGGUGUGUCUACAGCUAUCAAUGGUUUUGCGUACCGCCCACGACAAGAUGGCAACAGCAACGGCAAUAUUGGCCAAUAUCAAAUCUCGCUAAGCCCAAAUAAUAUUACUUGGAGUACUGUUGCAACAGGCACAUUUUCUGACGAUGCCAGUCUCAAGACAGUUUCUUUUACUAGCACAAGUACCCGAUAUAUUAGAAUUGUUGCACUUACUGAGGCUGGGAACCGAGGGCAAUGGUCUAGCGCUUCUGAACUCUCAGUCACACCGACAAACGGCGGCACAGGCAAAGGAUCAUGGAGUUCCAUAAUCAACCUACCUCUUACUCCAGCAGCGGCUUUUGUAAUGCCUAAUGGGAAGAUAUUGACAUUUUCAUCAUUCGCCAAGGACACCUUUGGAGGACCCCAUGGAUAUACCCUCACUGCAAUAUAUAAUCCUGCGGACUCGACGGUUUCGCAGUUAAAUGUAAGCAAUACUGGACAUGAUAUGUUCUGCCCUGGGAUGUCCUUCGAUCCCAAUGGUCGUGCAAUAAUCACUGGAGGAGACGAUGCGGCAAAAACGAGCAUAUACGAUUAUGCUACCAACACAUGGAGCAGUGGGUCCAAUAUGAAGAUCUCUCGAGGGUCGUGGAGUGGUGGUAAUGGUGGGAAAAAUGGUGAAAUUUACAACUCGGCAUCAAAUUCAUGGACGUUACUUGGUGGUUGUCCUGUGCUUCCAAUGUUGACAGCUGAUGUUGGUGGGAUAUUCAGACAAGAUAAUCAUGCGUGGCUAUUCGGAUGGAAGAACGGAUAUGUGUUCCAAGGUGGACCAAGUAAAGCCAUGAAUUGGUAUGGUACUACCGGAGGCGGUUCGCAAAUAGGCGCAGGCUUGCGAGCUUCAGAUCCGGACUCCAUGGAUGGGAAUGCUGUUAUUGUGGUAUUGCCGAAUGGAAAAGUCAUGAUUACUGGCGGCCAAACCUUUGCAGUCCCCUUUUCGGAUAACACUGCAAUAUUAAUUCCGGAACUAUGGGAUCCGGCCACCUUAGCCUCCAUAGUCCUACCAGCUCAUGCAGUUGCUAGAACAUACCAUAGUUUUGCGCUUCUGAUGCUUGACGGGAGAGUCUUCACCGGCGGUGGUGGACUUUGUGGCGGUUGUUCGACCAAUCACCCAAAUGCUGAGAUCUACAGUCCAUCCUACCUUUUCAAUGCUGACGGAACAACUGCAACUCGACCAGUCAUUAGUAGUAUAUCUGCUAGCUCAGUUGGAGUUGGCAACACCAUUUCAAUCACAACCAGUUCCGCUGUGACGAGCUUUUCUAUCGUUCGCUUUGGCUCCGCUACACAUACGGUGAAUACGGAUCAGCGAAGGAUUUCAUUGAGCCCCAUAAAUACAGUGGGAACUACGUACACUUUCAGCAUUCCUGAUGAUUCAGGCGUCGCUCUACCCGGUUUUUGGAUGUUCUUUGCUUCGAACUCGGCAGGCGUUCCGAGCGUGGCCAAGGCAUUUCAGAUAACUGUUAGUUGA